AUGCCCAACCCGCAACGAGCAAGCUUCAACGGCUGGGGUCAGAUCAUCGGCGGCCUGAUAGCCUAUGGAAUCGCAGCCGGUAGCAAUAAGCACGGAUCGCUUAUUGCGCCCUGGAAAAUUGUCUUUCAAUUCACCGGGCUCUUCACCAUUGCGCUCGGGCUAUUGUUCUUAUGGAUGGUUCCCGACAAUCAGCUCAACGCGCGCUGGCUGAAAAAAGAAGACCGAGUGCUAGCAAGUGCGAGAGUGCGCAUCAACCAGCAGGGAAUUGGAAACAAACACUUCAAGUGA